AUGCUUUCUCCGACCGACCUCGCAUCCAUCCAUGACUUUGCCAUCGCACUCGCCCAAAGAGCCGGUGCUAUGAUCAAGGCUGCUUCCGAGUCGCGCUUCGCCGAGCACACCAACACCGCCCAAGAUUCAAGCAAGAAGAAUAGAGUCGAUCGUAGGUAUUCUUAAUUAGCUUCGUCUUCUCCAACGGUCCACUUGAGAAGGACUCAUUUACCGUAUCAAUCCGCUACCACACCACCAUCCACAUCGAUAUUGCAAGUCGUCACCGAGACGGACCAGGCCGUUGAAGCCUUCAUCAAGCAAUCCGUCUCGGACAAGUACCCGGGACAUGCUUUUAUUGGCGAAGAAUCUUUUGCAGGUGGCGAGGUCGUGCAUCUCACCGUGCGUUUGCCUCCUGGGCUCCACCUCUCGCUCGAGCACGGUCCCAAGGAAAGCGAUCCGCCGAGCUAACCGAUGUUCUCGCCAAUUUCUCUGGCACGCUGCGCAUCUCGAUAGGAUACCCCGACGUGGAUUGUGGACCCAAUCGGUACGUUCCAUCAUGCGCCCUCGAUGGACGUACGAAGCUGUCGGACCGCGAACCUGACAGCCCCGUCCGGCCCGGACCGUCCUCUUUGGCGCCAGACGGCACCACCAAUUUCAUCCACGGCUUUGAUCACGUGUGCGUAUCCAUUGGAUUCACACACAAAGCCGUGCCCGUGAUUGGCGUCAUUUUCAAUCCUUUCCUGAACAAGGUACGUUGUCCGUACUGCGCAACACUUCCCUUCAACAGCCCCUUCUCCGAUCUUGCUUGCUUUUACUGACUCGGUGCGAUACAUUCUACGACACUCGCGGCGUGCGUUUUCGAUCACUAUCAGCUCUACUCGGCCAUCAAGGGCCAGGGGGCUUUCUUGAAUCAGAGAAUUCGGCUACCCCUUUCACACCCUAAGCCACCACCCUUGGCGUCCCUUUCCGAUGCACUUAUCGCCGUAGAAUGGGGUUCUGACCGCUCCGCCGACAUCAUCUCCCACAAAGCCUCGACCUUUUCGCGACUCGCAGGCGACCCCUCGUCUGUACAGGGUGGAGUAAUGGCCCAUUCUCUGAGAUCUAUCGGCUCAGCAGCCUUGAACUACGCUUACGUCGCUUCUGGUCAGGUCGACCUGUACUGGGAGAUAGGCUGCUGGUCCUGGGACGUGUGUGCCGGGACCGUCAUUGCUCGCGAGGCCGGCGCCAAGGUAUUCGGUCGAGGUGGAAAGAAUUUCGAAGCCCAGGACUUGAUGGGGCAUCACUUCUUCGUCGUAAGGGCGAUCGAAGACGGGGAGAAGGAAACGGGACCGCAGGCGCAGGCUCGAAUUGCCGCGGAAUUUUUCGAGGCUGCCGAGGAGUGGGAAGCCUAA